AUGGAUCCCGGAGUAAGGAAAAGUCCGAGGGUCGCAGCUGGAAAAAAGAAACAAGGACAGGUUGUGUGGUCCAUUGUCAAAUCCCAGUUCCAGGCAUUGUGUAAAACGCUGGGUGGAUCCAAUGUUGAAAGCCUGGUUCUUACGAGCCAUAACUACCAGUAUUGCGGGUCAGCUAAAGGUACCAAGUUCCUGCAGGACAAGAUUGCACUGGUAGAUGGAGUGGAUCUAAAAGUAAAAGGGGGUUCCCCCAGUAAGGGAGAUAAAUCUAAGAUUGUCUGGGAAGUUGUGGAACAGCAGUUUGAAGCUUUGGUUAAGUCCCUGUUAGAUCUGGGGGUGGAGACUUUGAUAUUAACAAGUCAGAUGACCAAGGACACAGGCUUCUGUGGCUCACCCCAGGGGCUCAAGUUCCUGAAGGACAAUCCAAAAUUAGGACAGUUUUUCAUGGCAUACUGUGCAGGAAAUGACAUGAAAAAAGCACAGGUUCCAGAGAAGUCAGUCCUAACAAGCUGGUUUUCCCAGUUCACUGGUGAUAACAAAGACGAAGAAGAGACCGAGGAAGACGAAGAGGAAGAGGAGGAAGAAAAACCAGCAGAUGCCACGCCCAAAAGAGGGCGGGGUCGACCUAGAUUGACACCCAAGCCAACGCCCUCAAAGGAAAUGCCUAGCAAACCAGAUGACCAGCCAAAGAGGGGGAGAGGAAGACCGAAGAAGAAUCCGGAUGAUGGAGAGACACCUGCAAAGAAAAAGGAAACACCAGUUCCAAAAGCUAAUGGGGAUGUUCAGGAGAAGGAAGUUGAGGAAAGUCCUACAGGGCCAGGUAAAACUAGGCGUGGCACCAGGGUGACUGACUUGAGGACAAAGUUAGAUACAUCAGUAGAAGAGUCACCAAGCGGGGAGAGAAAGUCUACAAGGAAGAAGACGGUAUUUACCUGUGACGACUGCAAGGAGACUUUUCAGAUGGAGUAUUUGUUACUGGUUCACAAAAAGAGGUGUAAGAGGGAGUCUCUUUUGACGUCACCUCCAAAGACAGUGAGAAAGACAUCAGCAAAAACUGGCACUCCCCAGAAGAAACCAGCAAUAGCUGUGGCAGGUGGUUCACAGUCCAUAGCUAUUGUAAAGAAA